AGAAGAAGCUAACAGUUAGCCUGUUAGCUCCUCCGUCAUGGCGGAACUGAACCGGUCUCUUCAGGAGUAUUUGGCCCAGUCCAAAGGUGGCGGGGCUAAAACCAUCUCCCAGUCCAGCUCCAGUACCACGGUGGACCUGGACGACCCGGAUCCGGGGACAGGAAGCUGGUUCGGCCGGUGGUCGAGUCCGUGGCCCGGAACCCGAGCAGGAAGUCCGUCCGGUCAGACCUCCACCGGGACCGGGACCUUCUCCUGGCCCUGGUGGACCGAGCCGGACCCCUGCCUGCCGGGUCUGAGCCGCAGGCAGCGGUUGGGGGUCUCGGGGGUCUGUGCUUCGUUCUCUUUGCUGUGCUUCGCUCUCUCCGCGCUCUACGCGCCGCUCCUGCUGCUGUACGCGCGGAAGUUCGCGCUGCUCUGGUCUCUCGGGUCCCUGUUCGCCAUCGGGUCCGCGGCGGUGCUGCGGGGUCCCAGCAGAGUCCUGUCCGGCCUGCCCACGUCCCCCGGGGCCGCCCUGUACCUGUGCGCCCUCGGGGGGACCCUGUACGCGGCCCUGAGCCUCCACAGCACCCUGCUGACCGCGUUAGGAGCCGGCCUGCAGGUCGCUGUGAUCCUGGGCUACGUGGUAUCGCUCCUGCCCGGGGGGACCGCCGGGAUCCGCUUCAUGGGGGGCAUGGCGGCGUCCGCCAUCAAAAGGACUGUCACAGGGAAAACCAUGCCGAUCUGAACCGGGACUCAGCGUCAGACCAGGACACUGGACAGUCCUCAGACCCACAGACAGGUCUCACAUCUGUCAGGCUUUAUGACACCGGGUUUGGGGUCUCUCAGAGAUCCUCUGAGGGUUUCUGAGGGUCUCCAGGGUCCAAGUUUCAAGGGGAACAACUUUAGCUCUGUCAGUACAUUCCUGAGGCUGCAGGACCCUGGACUCUGGACCCUGGACCCUGGACCCUGGACCCUGAGGCUGCUGGACCAAACACAGAAAACUGUUCAAACAUAAACUGACACUUUAUUUAUCCCACGUGCUUUAAUCACCGUGUGUGUGUGUGUGUGUGUGUGUGUGUGUGUGUGAGAGAGAGAGAGUGAGAGUGUGUGAGAGAGGUGUGACCCCCUGAUGUCGAUAAUUAAAGGUUGAAUGUCUCUGAACUCUUUUUGAUAUUAAAGGGUUAAUCCUGA